CUUUUAAACCUUCAUUAUGAUACUGACAUAGCAGCAUGGCGAGUAGGGGAAGAACUCAGACUUUCUCUUACUUAUCAAUGGGGACAAAAGCAACAUGCCUGGGAGUCCUACGGUUAUUAUUUAUUGCAUUUUCUCACGUAGUGCAAGCCAACAAACAAGCAUUCAUCCAGUCAGACACAAUUUUAGAGGUACUACAUUUUGGCGAAGGAGGCCUCUUGCAGACAGAGUCCGACAUCGGACUUGGUUCAUAUCAUCAAAAAAGUGCAUCCUUACACCGGGGGAACUGCAGGCCUAUACGGUUCGAGCCGCCGAUGUUGGACUUCCACGAACAGCCCGUGGGGAUGCCUAAAAUGGAGAAAGUUUACUUACACAAUCCUAGUUCAGAAGAAAAGAUCAUAUUGAUAUCAAUAUCAGCAACUACUGCUCAUUUUCAUGCAUCGUUUUUCCAGAACGGGGUUAUUCCUCCAGGGGGAAACACAUCGUUUGAUGUGGUCUUUCUCGCACGGGUAGUAGGAAACGUAGAAAACACAUUAUUUAUUAAUACGUCAGAUCAUGGGGUGUUUACAUACCAGGUGUUUGGCGUGGGUAUCCCAAACCCCUACAGAUUGAGGCCCUUCAUUGGGGCCAGAAUUCCAGUGAACAGCAGCUUUUCACCGCUCAUAAACAUCCACAACCCACACAGUGAACCGCUGCAGGUUGUGGAAAUGUACUCCAGCGGGGGGGACUUGCAUCUGGAGCUGCUAACAGGCCAGCAAGGAGGGACCCGCAAAUUAUGGGAGAUUCCCCCGUUCGAAACCAAGGGGGUGAUGAGAGCCAGCUUCUCCUCGCGGGACGCCGACAACCACACGGCCUACCUCCGGAUCAAGACCAACGCCUCCAGCGAGGACGAGUUCAUCAUCCUGCCCGUGGAGGUGGAGGUCACCAAAACACCUGGUAUUUAUUCCUCCAUAGAGAUGCUCGACUUUGGUACGCUACGAUCGCAAGAUCGGCCAAAACAAUUGAAUUUACAUCUUCUAAAUUCAGGAACAAAAGAUGUACAAAUUACAAGUGUCCGGUCAACACCACCAAAUGAAGCAAUUAAAAUAGACUACAGUUCAGUCACGCUGAAAGCAGGAGAAAAUAAUUAUACCAAAGUUGCAAGUAUAAGUUUUGAUGCAUCAAAAGCACGGAGACCGUCUCAGUUUUCUGGCAAAAUAACAGUGAAAGCGAGAGAAAAAACAUACUCCAAACUUGAAAUCCCAUACCAAGCAGAAGUUUUAGAAGGGUAUCUCGGGUUCGAGCACACGGCCACCCUGUUCCACAUAAGGGACAGCCCGACGGACCCCGUGGAGAGGCCCAUCUUCCUCACCAACACCUUCAGCUUCGCCGUCCGCGUCCACAGCGUCUUCCUGCCCGACCAGGCCAAGACGAUGUUCCAAAUCCAGAACUUCAGCGACCCCAUCCUGAUCCCUCCCCGCGAGGCGCGCUACAUCUUCUCCCUCCAUUUCCAGCCAAUCAGGCCCUCCCUCCACAUCGACAGCAACAUCCUGCUCGUCACCAACGCCUCCAAGUUCCACCUGCCCAUCCGCGCGUACACCGGCUUCCUGGAGCCCUUCGUCCUGCCGCCCAGUCUCAGCCAGCACUUCCUGGACUUCAGCGUGCUCAGCGCCACCGACACCAGCAGUAACAUGUUCAUGGUCGUCAACAGCAACCCCAUCGAGCUGGAGAUCGAGUCGUGGAUGGUGACGGGGGACAGCCUGUCGGUGGAGCUGCUGCGCGCCGAGCGGGGCAACAGAACCACCGUGUUGCCCCGGAUACGGGAGCUCCAGAACGCGUCCGCGUCCGACCACAACUCCGUGAUCUUAGCCUCGGGCUACACUGCCGUGUUCAGGGUCACGCUGGUGGCGAGGGGCCUGGAGGGAACCUACGAUGGCGCUGUGCACCUCAGGACAGACUAUGAGAUAUUAACGAUACCAGUGAAAGCCGUCAUAGCAGUGGGAUCGCUGGAGAGCUCACCCAAGCACAUCGUUCUUCCUCCCUCAUUUCCGGGGAAGAGCGUUCACCAGAGCUUCAGCAUCAUGAGCUCGUUUUCUCAGAGGGUGAAGCUGCAGCACAUCCGCUCGCUCACGGAGGACGUGCGCUUCUACUACAGAAGGCUCCGGAACAGCAAGGACGAGCUGGAGCCGCGACGCAAGUCAAAGGUAGCGAAUAUUUAUUUUGACUCUAGCCUACAGUGUGGGGAUCACUGCUACGCUGGCCUGCCAUUUAUAUUAAAAUCCGAGGCCAAACCCCACGGGCUGCUGAUGCAGGAGGACAUGUGGGACGCAGACGUGGACUUGCACCAGACUCUCCUCAGGAGGUGGAGGGAGCUGAAGGAGAGCUCGGGACACGAGGUGGAGGCUCUGUUCGAGGUGAACACGGACCUGCAGAAGAACGUGCAGGCCAAGGUCUCGGCCAGGAUCACGUGGCCCUCCAUCAUCAACUCCUCGCGUCAGAUCCUGUUCCCCCUGACCAACACCAACAGCUCCUCCGAAGAGGAAGUGGUGUUGGAAAACCCAGCGGACGUGCCCGUCUACGUCCAGCUCCUUCCCGUCGCUCUCUACCCGAAUCCAUCCGUCUUCACAGAGAAGGUUUUUGACAGAGAUAAGUCAUUUGAAAAGACCUUCAACAUCAACACCAACACACUGGAAUUCCAGGUGCACAAAAACCAAACAUCCUUCAGUAAGAAGGGAACAGGGUUUACCGAAGGACCGUCGCGACCGUUUGUUUACAACGUCCUGUUGUUACCCGGAGAAGCAAAGUCCUUCACGGUGAAGUUCACUCCUGUCAGUAACCACACUGUGACCUCCCUCCUCAUCGUCAGGAAUAACCUGACGGUGCUGGACUACGUGGUGGUCCAGGGCCAGGGAACCACCGAGAGCCUGAAGGUCGCUGGCAGGCCUCCGGGGCCCGGGAGCUCCCUGAGGUUCAAGAUGACCGAGUCUCUGCUCAAGGACUGCUCGGAGAAAGUAAAACUGAAGGAGCCGAACUUCACUCUCAAAAGAACGUUCAAAGUUGAAAACACGGGGCAGCUUCCGGUUUACAUCCGAUCCACCGAGAUCAGCGGCUAUGCCUGUGAAGGACACGGAUUCAAAGUGGUGAACUGUCAAGAAUUUGCACUUAAGCCAAAUGCUUCGAAAGAUAUCGUCAUACUGUUUACGCCCGACUUCACGGCCUCGCGGGUGGUGCGGGAGCUGAAGCUGGUGACGGCGGGCGGCUCCGCCUUUGUGUUCGUGCUGAACGCCUCGCUGCCCUAUCACAUGCUGGCCACCUGCGCCGAGGCCCUGCCCAGGCCCAGCUGGGAGCUGGAGCUCUACAUCAUCGUCUCCCUCAUCAUGAGCUCCAUGUUCCUGUUGGUCAUCGCCACGGCCUACCUGGAGGCCCAGGGCAUAUGGGAGCCGUUCAAGAGACGCCUAUCUUUCGAAGCGUCCAACACUCCCAUGGAAACAGGGAGACCCUUCGAUCUCAGGGAAAUCGUACGCAUUCAGUCUGACACAAACUUGAGUGAGUACGGCGAGACCAGCCACGGCCCGGCGCGGGGGAUGUACAGCGCCGGCGGCUCCUCGUCCCGGGCCGGCGGGCGCCAGUGCGGCCCCCAGCCCCACUCCCACAGCCUGGACGGCCUGCGCUCCCGGCUCAGCUACGGCAGCAGGGCGUCCAUGCAGCUGGCCAACUCCUCCUCCUCCUCCUCCUCCGCGCAGCUCGGGCCCAAAGGGGGGGGCGGUGGUGGCGGCGGAGGCAUCUCGGACGGGGGCGGGGCUCAGUCCCAGCUGACCAAUCGGAAGGCGCGGAACGCCAAGCAGCAGCAGCAGCAGGCCUCCAGCCCCCUGGAGCAGCAGGUUCCAGCAGCGGCAGCAGCAGUACCUCAGCCCGCGCAGAGGCUCCACCCUGAGGGCGGGGCCCGGCACAGCUCCGAGGACUCGGACUACACCAGCCUGGUGGAGGCCAUGGACCGGGACCUGGAGCGCCCCGAAUCGCCCGCCCCGGAGGUGUUCCAGGAGCAGCCCCCGUCUCCCGCUGCUCAGAGCAAAGCUGCAGUAGCGAAAGGGAAAGUCCAGCGUAAGAACAAGGCCCAGAAGAAGCGGGAGGAGAAGGAGCGGAGGACAAAACCUCGGCCUCAGGGGGACGAGCUGAAGGAGGCGCAGAUGGACAACGACGACAGCUCCUCCACCACCACCGAGACCUCCAAUCCAGACAUGGAGGCCAGCAUCAAAGAGGAACCGGUGAAGAAGAAGGGCAGACCGUUCACACCGGACAAAGAGAAGGAAGAACGGCCAGCGUUCCCCACAAAACCCAAAAACAAGAAAACGGCCAACAUCAAAAAAGAGAUCCCAGCCCAAGUCAAGUCCAGCUCACUGGAGCUGCCGUACGUCACACCCCUGGAGAACAAGCAGCGGAAAAUGUUCACAGCCAAGAGCCUGGUGCACCCAGCGCUGGCGGCUGGGCCCAAACCCAGGAACUUACAGAAGCAGAGAGCAGUGCCCUGUGGGAAGUCGGAGUCGGAGGACUGCCGGCCCUCUCCCCUGGGAAAGUUCCGGUCGAACGGCUCCGUGCAGGAGCUGGGGAACAGCAGCAGCUCCGAGGGCGAGAAGGACUCCCCUCCCCCGGAGUGGGACUCCGUCCCGCUCCUCAAAGCCGGCAGCUCUGCAGACAGCCUCCAGCAGAUCUCCUUGCAGACCAUGAACGCAGACUCCUUCCUGAAGAGAUCCAUCUCUGCCAUCUCCAGGACCUGCUCUCCUCCGCCCGCCCCCCUCUUGGUGCCCCGUGGGUCCUACAGUAGCGUGGUCAACGCCAACAGCGAGACGGGUGUAAAAAGUGCGAGCGGGAAUAAGAACAAGUUGACCAAGUCGACUUCUCUGCCUGGCAAAAAUGGGAACCCCACCUUCGCCGCUGUGGCAGCUGGCUACGACAAGAGUCCAGGAGGCAGUGGGCCAGUGAAGGGGGCGGGCACUAAGGCCGAGGCUCCUGGGAAAGUGACCCUCCCCCACAUGAUGUCUGUGGAGAGCGACGGCUCUGACAGCUCUGGGCUAUGGAGCCCCAUCGACAGCACCCAAAUCCCCAACUUCAAUUCUGUCAACUCCUUCUCGGCCUUCGGACCCAACAACACCUUCAACCUGACCGGAGUCUUCAGCGAUAUGACCUUCCCGAAGAGCCCGGAGCCUCAGCAGAGCUGGGCCGACUUCAGCGCCGUGUCCUCCUCCAUCUGGGACGCCCCCGCCAGCGACCCUCUGCACUCCUGGCCCAGCAGCUCUGGGUCCCCAACGGCCCCCACUGCGUCCAUUCUAGGCAAUACCAGCGGCCUCUGGUCCUCCACCACCCCCUUCAGCAGCUCCAUAUGGUCCACCAGCGGGGACAGCAGCCUGCACUCCUUCACUCCGCCCACCACUGGCCCUCUGGGCGACCUGAUUGGCGGUUCUGAGGCCCCGCCCCAGCACAACACUACCCCCACAGAAAUCGGCCGUGCCUACAACCCCUGGAACAUGUGGCGCCCCACCCUGGGUAGGCGGAGCUCCGAGCCCUGGCCCAGCCCCCCAGACAACGGCAACUGAGGCCCCUCCCCCUCCGCAUUCUCCUCUCUCGCAGGAAUUGAACGCCAUGGACUUUUUUAAAUUUUUUUUUUUUUUUUAAAGCAGAAUUUGUACGCAGAUGCAAAAAAAAUUCUGUUGAUGCUUCCGGUCACAAAGUGCUGGGCCAAAACCGUACAGUAUCCCAGUGGCACACCCUAUUUUUGUCCUCUGUGGAGGGGGGAGGGGGGAUCGGGGGUGGGGGGGCAGAAAGUUUUGUGCUGUUUUUAUUAUUAUUUUUGGAAGCCUUAUUUAAAACCAGUUUUUAAUUGGCCCACUCCCCCUCCAUAAAAAGGAAAAUGUUUAUAAUGAGGAACAAUAUUGCCCUUAUAGGGAUUAAUUUUUUUCUUUCAAUUUUAAAGUUUACCCUUUUAAGUAAUACUGCAUUGUUUUGGUAUUGUAUGGUACAGUAUUACUCCCUAAAGAAGCACUUUGUUUAACGCUCACCAGUCGCUCAGACACAUUACAUUGGUUGCAAAUAGCAUUAAAGCAUCUUUUGGCCCAGUAGCAAGCGGUUAACGGGUGAACUCGAUGUUGGUACGGUGAUUACCGGACAGUAAUUAUUAUUAUUGCCGACUGAGUUAGGAGCAUUACGCGCCCUUAUCGGCCUCAAUGCGUUUUAACAGCCGUGGAACUGAAACAUCCGUCACAAGAUCUCCAAAGCCAGCUGUUCCAUGGUAUUUCUUACUUUAAAAUCCAGAUUCUACACAGAAGAUAAAGGUUUUUUUUUUUUUUUUUUAAACAAUUUGGCUGUUUGUUGGAUUUUUUCAGGAGAGUAUUAUUUAAAAAUUUCCAGUUGGCACAAUAAAUCCCUUAUUUCUGUCAUGUUCAGAGUGUGAUAUCAGUCACCACAUGCAAAUAAAACAUGGGACAGAC